GAAACGGACACCGUGGAUUUGAGAAAAGUUUAAAUACAUUUGGUGUGAGAGGCAGAACGCUCGUCUUCGAUCAGAUUACUGUGCCAUACAACGCCGAUACAGAUAGAGAAGAAAUGGAUACACUGACGCGCAAAAGCACAUCCCUGGAUUGGAGAGUCACCAUCUUGUCUUUCUGCGUCGUUGCUGCAGUCGGAGGACAAAUUCGUUAUUCUGUUCCGGAGGAGAUGAGAAAAGGGCUGAUUGUCGGAAACGUUGCAAAGGAUCUGGGCUUGGAGAUGAAAAGGUUGGUAACUGGUAGGGCUCGACUUGUUAUUGAAGGCAGUAACCAGUACGUCGCGCUGGACCAGAACAAAGGACAUAUUGUUGUGAACGAAAGAACAGACAGAGAAAAAUUAUGCGCCAAGAAAACUCCGUGCAGCUUCACUCUGGAAAUUGUCCUCGAAGAUCCACUUGAAUUGUUUGCCGUUACCAUUGAAAUACAAGAUAUUAAUGAUCAUUCUCCGGUUUUUCCCAAAAAGGAAAUUAAUUUAGAAAUAAGCGAAUCAACGCCCAUUGGGACUAUAUUCUUACUCGACAGUGCAGCUGAUCCCGACGUCGGAAUGAACGCCCUGCAGAGCUACUCUUUAAAAGCAAAUGAUAAUUUCAUUCUUAAACAGCACACUCGGUCAGAUGGGAGCAAAUACGCUGAAAUGGUGCUCGAGCGCGCGCUUGACCGCGAAAGAAAAACCGAACACGCCCUGAUAUUAACGGCUGUGGAUGGCGGAGAACCGCAGAGAUCUGGAACGGUUAGGAUACAUGUGUCCGUUCUUGACGCAAAUGACAACGCGCCUGUUUUUACGCAGCCGUUAUAUAAAUUGGCAGUGUUGGAAAAUGUGCCGCGUGGCACAAAUAUUAUCACAGUGACUGCUGUGGACGCAGAUCAAGGUUACAACGGAAACGUAACUUAUUCUUUCACGCAUCUGGAGGAUGACUCCUCUUGUCCUUUCCAAAUAAAUUCUUACAGUGGGGAGAUCAAACUCACAGGUGACAUCGACUAUGAAAUGUCUCCAAAUUAUGAAAUUAAUCUUCAGGCAAAAGAUCCGUGGGGUGUUCUGGGCGUCAGCAAAUUAAUUGUUGAUGUAGUCGAUGUAAAUGAUAACACUCCAGUCAUCACAAUGGCUUCUUUUUCUGGUAAAAUUUCGGAGGAUUCGACCCCAGGUACAGUUGUAGCUCUGGUUAGUGUCCAAGAUAAAGAUUCUGGUAAAAACGGAAUUGUUCAUUUAAAAGUAGAUGAGCGCCUCCCGUUUAAAAUAAAAUCAUCUCUCAGAAACUAUUACGCAUUAGUAACUGAACAAGACCUUGACAGAGAAAAGCAGUCUCGAUAUAAUAUCACACUAACUGCCACAGACGAAGGCUUGCCCGCUUUAUCAAGCAUUAAAACUGUCGUUUUAGAUGUUACUGACGUUAAUGACAAUGCCCCGACUUUCAGUCAAAGUGUUUACGUCACUCAGGUAAUGGAGAAUAAUUCUCCUGGUGUCCCUGUGUUGCAGACACAGGCCUCCGAUCCAGAUCUGGGUCAGAACGCACGGGUAUCAUAUUUGCUUAUAGAUGAAGAUGUGAAUGGAAUUCCGGUUUCCACUUACUUCUCGAUUAACACGGAGAGUGGAGUCAUUCAGUCUCUGCGUUCUCUCGAUUACGAGCAAGUCAAAGUGUACAAAAUGCGAGUUAAGGCGCAAGAUGGGGGCUCGCCACCACUCAGCAGCAACGCGACAGUUUUUGUACACGUCCAGGACCAGAACGACAACGCCCCUCAGGUUCUGUACCCGGUCCAGACUGGAGGCUCUGUGGUGGCUGAGAUGGUUCCUCGUUCAGCAGAUGUGGGCUAUCUGGUGACUAAAGUGGUGGCUGUUGAUGUGGACUCUGGACAGAAUGCUUGGCUCUCCUAUAAACUGCAGAAAGCCACAGACAGGGCGCUGUUUGAAGUGGGUUUACAGAAUGGAGAAAUAAGAACUAUCCGCCAAGUCACUGAUAAAGAUGCUGUCAAACAAAGACUGACUGUGUUCGUGGAGGACAACGGGCAGCCCUCUCGUUCAGCUACAGUCAUUGUUAACGUGGCGGUGGCGGACAGCUACCCUGAAGUGCUGUCAGAGUUCACUGACUUUACGCACGACAAGGAGUACAAUGACAACCUGACUUUUUACUUAGUGCUGGCUUUGGCUGUAGUUUCCUUUCUCUUCAUCACGUGUUUAGUGGUUAUUAUAUCAGUGAAAAUCUACAGAUGGAGGCAAUCUCGCAUCCUAUAUCACUCCAGUCUCCCGGUGAUUCCUUAUUAUCCACCACGUUACUCAGACACUUUGGGGACAGGGACUCUGCCACACGUGUACAGCUACGAGGUGUGCAGGACGACUGACUCCAGAAAGAGUGACAUUAAACCAACCCACUAUAUGGAGCCGAUGAGCCCGAGUUUGGUUAGUGUUGAUAAGGCUGGAACAGAUGCACAACAAAAUGAAGAAGACUCACUGACAAUGUCUCGCUUGCCGACUCUGGUAAGUUCACUUAAUUUUAUAAAAAAUGCAUAUUGACUUUGUCGACAAACA